CGCAACCCCGUUGUUACUGUUGCCCCGCGCUGUUGGGAUAAGGGAUAAUGUGGCAGCCUAGAACAACAUCCUGGUCUCCAGGAGAACCUGAAAUGAUCACAGUGGGCGCAUGGAAAGAUUGAAAAAAGGCCGCACUGACCGCUCGUCCGCCAGCUUUGGUAACCUGGCGCCCGCCGUGCACAUCUACGGCUGCCUAACCCUCUCUGCCUUUUAGACAUUCCGCCUCUGGCUAGACGUACGAGUUAGCGCCAUGACUGUACGGGAACAAACUGCCGCUGCAGUGACGCCUCUCUCCGUCAAGACGUCAACGACUGACGGCCCGGCAACCUCCACCCCUUCUCCGGUCCCGCUGCCGGACCGGAGGCAGGAGACUGCCGAACGCAAGUCGGAGUCGGAGUCGGCACCGAACACCGCAGCGCAAGCGAUAUUCUCAACCCCAAAGUUUCGUUUGAAGAUCCAGGACCUCGAUCACCCUGGCGCAGCCAAGUUUCUGAGUUCCGUCAACGCAUCCACAGUCCUCCCCACUGCCGUAGAUAACGUUGUCCGACUGCUGUACGGGUCAGCAUCAGACGAGCACUCAACAGUGCCACCGACACGGUCCGUAACUCUCAUACUGCGUGCCAUGGGUGGUGUUGCAUACACAACAGGGACCGCCCUCGACAACGACCACAAGGAGAUUCACUUCUCCCUCAACUACAUCGACUCGAUCAGGCCGGACACGCGCCUCGUCCACGAGAUCACGGGAGUCCUGACGCAUGAGCUGGUGCAUUGCUUCCAGUGGGACGCACUCGGGACCUGUCCCGGCGGGCUGAUCGAGGGUGUUGCCGACUGGGUGCGUCUGAACUGCGACCUGAGCCCGUUGCACUGGAAGAGGGAGACCGACGGGGACUGGGACCGGGGCUACCAGCACACGGCCUACUUCCUCGAGUAUCUCGAGCAGCGCUUCGGCGAGGGUACCGUGCGGCGGCUCAACGAGAAGCUGCGGGGGAACAAGUACCAGGCCGAGUCCUUCUGGCCGGAGCUGCUGGGGAAGCCGGUGGAGCAGUUGUAUAAGGAUUACGUUGACAAGUCGAAGAGCGAUGAGCGAGAUAGCCGGCAAUGACCGUAAGCUGGAGGCAGGAUCAGGGGCCAUGAAGGGAUGCCAUAUACCAAGGAUCUAUUCGUAUGGUGACGCUCGCCGCUGCCAGCUCGGGCAGACCCGGCGGUCGAAUGAUCUCCCACGACAGUCCAGACAAAUGUGUAUGGCAGUGUUGCCUUAUAAAACCCAGCUUGAGAAAGCCCGCCCUGGAUUUCCCAAAUUUCUGCUU